AUGAGCUUGGAGUCUUCUGAUGUGGAAUUAUCUACAAGUGCAAGUCGUGAGGAAGCUAUACAAGCAGAUAUUGGGUUGAGAACAGAACCCUACGAUGUUACAACAUCUACUUUGCCUGUAGUACAGAAAGAAGGUGAAUCGAGGGCAUUCACUAUCGAAGGACAGAAGUACGCGACUAGUUUACAAAAAGGUGAAUCUACCGCCUACGGUUCGUCUGUCCUUGCUGAUGUAGGGAAAAUUUCCGGAACAGCGGCUGUUCGCGAGUUCGGAUCUGAGCAAGUCGAUGUUGGUGGUGCAGUUGGUUACUUAACUCCCAGAACAGCAGAAUUUGCCGAGGCAGCGACCGAAUUUGCUGACACACGUCGCCUACAAGCAGUCAGAUCGAUGGCUGCGAGUAGCGAUUUGAACGUGGAAGGGUCAGAAACAAUCAGCCGUUGUGAAGCCGUUGAAACAGCAUUUGAUCGAAAGAUACUUCCAAACCAAGCUCAAGCGGAGCUUUCUACUGCCGCUUCAUUGGAAGAAUCCUCUCAAACGGAUUUCAAGCGAGCAAUAGGAACCGCAUCUUACGGAGUCGGGAAGUCACUGCCGGACCAGAGGAAAGAAGCGGUCAUGAUUUCCAGUAAGGAAACAACGGAAAGCUCUGUUUAUGGCAUAUGGGACUCCACCGUGGAAACUGCCACCUCUCAAAAAAUCCUUCGUGGCAUAAGCUUGGAAAGAGCAGGAGUGGAACUUUCUACCAGUGCGAGCUGUGAAGAGGCAAUACAAACAGAUGUUGGACUGAGAACAGAACCCUGUAGUGUUACAACAUCCGUUAUCCCAGAUGUGCGGAAAGAAGCUGAUGUGAGAGGAUUCACAAUUGAAAGUCAGCAACUCACCACAACUCAUCAAAGAUCGCCGGAAGGAGGAGUGGCUAUCAGGACUGAUAAUGAUAUUAGAGCGAUUUCUGCGACUGCUAGUGCUCGAGAGUAUGGCAGGGAACAGGCUGAAAUGGGUGCCUCACUAGGAUUUAUUGAGCCACGUAUGGAGGAGUUUGAUAGCGCAUCCGCUAAAUUUGAUGUGGGAAGGAAGUUGGAGAUUGAGCAAAAGAUAAAAGCAUCUGAAGAAGUAACUGUGGAAGGAUCACUGAGCUUAUGCAAGGAUGAAGCCGCAGUGGGGUCUACUAAAUCUAUUCAAGAGAACGUCACUGAAAAGCAGGCCAAGGCUACGCGAUCAGCUGGUUCUGUUUCGACAGAUAAAACCAUUAGUAUGUCAUUAGACAGCCGAAUGGAAAUAGUAGACGUUCGAUUGGAAGACAAACCCUCUCAAUCAUCUGAAAUCAGAAUGCAUGAGAGCAGUGAACAAGCUGUGCAAGGCUUGUGGCAUACUGCACAAGGAGCUGAGUCUUCGAUUCUUCUUAGAGAACGAGAAAAAUCCACAGAAAGAGGGUCGCUGUCUACGGCUGCCUCUGAGUUUCAUGAUGUUUCCUUAAUGGAAGACAAGACACGUGAUGUCUCGGAUUCAGUUCACGGAACUAUGGCUGAACAGCUACGAGAAACCGCUGUUGAGAGUUACGGUAUCGCAUCUACGUGUGCAUCCUCGGAAGUUAGAAAGCCUGACAGUGAAACAUCCGUCAGUGAGCAGGUGUCUGAAAAAACCAUCACUUCUAUAGUGGGAGGAUUCAGAGAAUUUGCGAAAGAAGAGGCUGCACUCGGACUGAGCGCUCAAACUGUUCAACCUCCGAGGGAGCAGUUUGAGCAAGAGAGCGUGUCAAUUCGUACAACUAGUACGAUUCGGUUGCACGAGAGCAUAGGGAGCAUCUCAAGAACACGUUGCGAGCCACACAGCUGCGCUUGUGAAAGAUGA